AAACUAACGCACACAUGAAUCUACACAAACAUUAUGACCUACUUAACUGUGUAGUGUGUUCAGUUCGAGUGGAUGGGAAGAACCGAAGACGAUACAGCUAUUUGAAUGGUAUCAACUACAUGGAUCUAUCCAGCAUAGCCUACUGAUCCUCCAUCUCUCACCAAUGGAUAUAAUAAACUGGAUAUAAUAAAGUUUCUGAAUGUAGAAAAGAUCCUGAUCUAGAUUAAAAUAAAUCACGAUUUGUUACUUUGAUCAUAUUGAUGUAAACACUAACAGUCACUACAGUGAUCUUGGAUUUCUUGAUUAGAUCUAGUUGAUAAUAUAGGCUACAUCUAGUCUAGAUCUAUAUCUAUACCGGUAUCUAAAGUUAAAUAGCUAAUCAUUGUGAUUGAGACAAAGUAAAGACUCUGCGGACUUCUAGAUGUAGCAUUUAUGAUAGCCAAACGCCAUGCCAGUUAUUCGUACAUCUCAGAUAGAGGAUGAAUACAUUUACGUGCCACAUCACCACCUGUCUCGAGUCAGGACCAACAGAAGACCUAAUGACCGUAGCAGAUCUUAUAAAACAAACAGUUAUCAAUGGGUAGUGUUUGUGUUGACAAUAAUUUCCAUGGUAACGAGUUUCUUUUUAAUAAUCAUUGGAUUCUUCCACACAGAAUUGUCAAAAUUUUCUCCGAAAAAUAUGAAUCCUGCCAUAGCUUGUUUAGACUGUUCAAUGACUGAUCACAUCCCACAUAACUUGCUAGAAUCUGUCGUCUUGAAAGAAAUCAAUGGAAUCGACAACUGUUGUGCUUACAACAACAAAGAACUAACUGCACUUUUAGAAAUUUCCAUGAGAGGAAAGCAUGUUAAAUCUGCUCUUCCUGCAUUCAAUGUUUCCAAUUUCUCCUUGAGCUCAGCCUCUGCUCAUGUUCAGUUGUUAGCACCAAUCAAAGGAUCAACACGCAGUUCCAUUGAGUUUACAGAUGAACUAGCCACAAUGCUUUUGAAAGAUGUCAGUGAACAUGAUAAAAAAUUUGAGCAUGUGAGAAAAGUUGAUUUACUUAAAGAUGGAUUCAAAGUGAUACAUUCUGGAGUGUAUUAUCUGUAUAGUAGUGUACAUUUCAAAAUCGGCUCAGAAAUUAAAUGCUCAACUCUAAGUUACACGACAUGGCAUCACACAAUUGAAAAGAAAUCUUCAAGUCAGUCAAUGGUAUUAUUUAAAUCUGCAUAUACCUGUUGCAAUAAUUGUACCAGCAAUGAUGAAACAAGUUACACAGGUGGUGCCAUAAGAUUAUUACCUGGUGACGUUAUUAACAUCAAGAUAUCUGGCUAUGGCUUGGCAUUUAUUGAUCGAAAUUCAACAUUUGCUGGCCUUAUGAUGAUGGGUGAAAGUUAAAACAAAUAAUCGCUAUGGAAACGAUGAUUGACUCUAUUAAAAAUAAAAUACAUUAAUAAAGAAUGACAAUUUUGUGCCUCAGGAAAUGAAAAAUUUUUGGAAUAUAUUAUUAAAUGUAAUCAAAAUGACUUGUGCAUGUCAAGAGCAUAAAAUAAUAUUAAUACUAUCUGUGCCUAAAGCUGAGUGGAAAAUUGUACAAUAAUUAUAUAAGUUUUUUUUUAUACAGCAUUUUAUUUCUAUGAUGUGCUCUGAUUAUUAAAAGUAACAAUUGAGCCUAUUAAUUUAAAAGAUGGUAGUUUAAUUUUUUUUUUUAAUUCUUUAAAGAAAAAGACUAAAAUUAUGUAACAAAGUCAUUACAAACAUCUCUAAAAACAGCAAUGGUGCUUAAAGUAACAGAAUAUUUCAAAAUCGACUGGCUCCCUACUCUUUUAGAACCCAACCUGCAUUUAGUAGUUGAGAUAUUGAUAUUAAAGAUUAAAAUCUUUAUACAGGUAAAAAAAAAAACUUUAAAUAAAUAUUUCUUAUGAAAAUAAAACUUAUUUCUAACAUGUUAACAUAUCACAACUUCUUUAUUUAUGUAAAAAAAAAAAAAAAAAAAACUUUUAGAUAAAUAGAGCACGUUGAUAAAAAAAGGACUAUUUUUUAAAUUUUUGUACUACUAUACUUGUGGAUGCACUUUGAUGUGGCCAUGUGAAACAGUGCACUCAUCCUUGAUCUAUGGAAUCAAAGAUAUUGCCAUUAAUAUAAUGUGUCAAUCAAAUGGUUCAUUCUCCUAUUUUUUCAAUAUAACUUAUAAGUUACAUUUUUCUCUUUUUAUGUGUCAUUUCAAUUUAAUGAAAUUUCAUAUUUUAAAAUGAAAGCACUAAUAUAAACUCUUGAAAAUGAUGAAUUCUACAUAUUGAUAAAAUAAACUAGUAUUAAACUAUUACUCCUGUUUGCAAUAAGUGAUAUUUGUACCGAUAUAAAAAAUGUGUGAUUUUUUAAUGUAUUUUUUGUGCAUAUAUUUAAACAAACUUCAUGUAUAUCAAGGAUCACAGAACUCUUAAAGAAACAUUAAAAUGUAAAUUUUGAAUAUACACUGGUUGCCUAUAAAUAUUCAUGUAAAUUUUUGUUUUCAAUUGUGGCUAAAUUUUACAUCCUCAGUAUUUUGUGUCUAAUAAUUCUAGAUUUGACUGUAUAUUUGUUGCCAUUUUAACUCCUGGUGCCUUGUUCUACCAUUUGUUGGUGUUGCUAUUACAAAAGUUUGUUCUUUGUAUAAUGUGUAAAUUAUAUAAUUAUAUUGUAAAUACUUACUUUUGUUCAAAAUAUAUAUUUGCCUCUUUUUAAUUUCAUUUUUAGGAUUUUUAUAAGUCUAAUUUUCAGGGCUAAUCAUUUUUUUCUUUUAAUAUAUAUAUAUAUAUAUAUAUAUAUAUAUAUAUAUAUAUAUAUAUAUAUAUAUAUAUAUAUAUUAUUUAAAUGUAUCAAAAAGAUAUUUGAAAAGUAUAUGUCUUGUUUUAACUUCUGUUUGUUUAGUUUAAUUCCUUGUCUUCAAAUUAAAAGAAAUAACAAAUUAGGUUAUAUAUUGUUACAACUAGUCUGACAAUCAACUGUGAUUUCUUUUAAGAUCAGAGCCUAAUAAAAGAUUUUUCUUCCAA